AGAUAAACCAGGAAAACCAGAAGUGCACACCACAUUUGUGAUCAAAAUCAAGGGAGAGAAAAACAAGUUUGUGAUUUCUGAUGAUAAACGUUUAGCAGUGAUAAAUUGGGAUGGUGUCUCAUCAGAUCCUGUGAUGACAGAACACUUGGUGGAUGUGGGAGCAGGAACCUGCUGGUAGCUUUUGUGAUGGGAAGUGUGACCCUUCCAACCGAUUGUGGGCAGGAACAAAAGGGCCUGUGCCAUUGGAUAUACCAAUCACUGAAAUGGAGAAAGAGAAGGGUUCGUUGUACUCGUUGCAGAGAGACAAGACUGUGAAGACGCACUUGUCGAAAAUCACUCUGUCAAAUGGUUUAAUCUGGAGCCCUGACAAAAAGAAGUUUUAUUACAUUGACAGUUUAAAGUUUGGUAUAGAUAGUUAUGACUAUGAUGACACAACUGGAUCUAUCUCCAAUGGGAAAACUAUCUUUUGCUUCAAGAAAAAUAAUGUUGAAGGACUGCCUGAUGGAAUGACAAUAGACCAAGAAGGGAAAAUUUGGGUGGCUUGUGUAAAAGGUGGACAGGUUUUAAGAGUUGAUCCGAAUACUGGAGAGAUUCUGAGAACAGUGAAAAUACCAGCACCACACACAACAUCGGUAGUUUUUGGUGGCCCAAACUAUGAAGAUCUCUACGUCACUACUGGCAAGAUCAAGUUUACCAAGGAGAUGGAGGAGGAAUAUCCUAUGGCGGGGUGCACGUUCAGGGUCACAGGUCUGGGUGUCAGAGGAGUUCCAAGUCUUCCAGUUCAGCUGUGAACAGUUGGCAGCAUUGACUGUAUACAUCACCAUUAAAUUUUUAAAUAAAUGUUUUCACUGUUUA